GGGGGCGGGGCCAGGCCGCCAUGGCGCCGCCGCCGCGCUGACCGCGCCGCGCCGCCAUGGCCGGGGCCAUCGCGUCCCGUAUGAGCUUCAGCUCCCUCAAGCGCAAGCAGCCCAAGACCUUCACCGUGCGCAUCGCCACCAUGGACGCCGAGAUGGAGUUCAGCUGCGAGGUGAAGUGGAAAGGGAAGGACCUGUUUGAUCUGGUGUGCAGGACACUGGGACUGCGGGAAACCUGGUUCUUUGGGCUGCAGUACACCAUCAAGGACACGGUGGCUUGGCUCAAAAUGGACAAGAAGGUCCUGGAUCAUGAUGUCCCCACAGAGGAGCCCAAAACGUUUCACUUCCUGGCCAAAUUUUAUCCUGAGAAUGCAGAGGAGGAAUUAGUCCAGGAAAUCACCCAGCACUUGUUCUUCCUGCAGGUGAAGAAGCAGAUUUUGGAUGAGAAGAUCUUCUGUCCUCCUGAAGCCUCUGUCCUGCUGGCCUCCUACGCUGUCCAAGCCAAGUACGGUGACUACGAUCCCAAUGUCCACAAGAGAGGCUUCCUGGCACAGGAGGAGUUGCUUCCCAAGCGGGUAAUAAACCUGUACCAGAUGACUCCAGAGAUGUGGGAGGAAAGGAUAACAGCCUGGUAUGCAGAGCACCGGGGCAGAGCGAGAGAUGAAGCUGAAAUGGAGUAUCUGAAGAUAGCCCAGGACCUGGAGAUGUAUGGUGUGAACUACUUUGCCAUCAGGAAUAAAAAGGGUACAGAGCUGCUCCUUGGAGUUGAUGCCUUGGGUCUUCACAUUUAUGACCCAGACAACAGGUUGACCCCUAAAAUCUCCUUCCCAUGGAACGAGAUCCGGAAUAUCUCCUACAGUGAUAAAGAGUUUACGAUUAAGCCAUUGGACAAAAAGAUUGAUGUUUUUAAAUUCAAUUCAUCAAAGCUGCGUGUGAAUAAGCUGAUUCUUCAGCUGUGCAUUGGGAACCACGACCUCUUCAUGAGGAGGAGGAAGGCAGACUCGUUGGAGGUGCAGCAGAUGAAAGCACAGGCCAGGGAGGAGAAGGCCAGGAAGCAGAUGGAACGACAGUGCCUGGCACGAGAGAAGCAAAUGAGAGAAGAGGCUGAGAGGACCAGGGAUGAGCUGGAGAGGAGGCUGAUGCAGCUGAAGGAGGAGGCAACGAUGGCCAACGAGGCUCUGAUGAGGUCGGAGGAGACGGCGGAUCUGCUGGCAGAGAAGGCGCAGAUCACGGAGGAGGAGGCCAAGCUGCUGGCUCAGAAGGCGGCCGAGGCCGAGCAGGAGAUGCAGCGCAUCAAGGCCACGGCCAUCCGCACCGAGGAGGAGAAGAGGCUGAUGGAGCAGAAGGUGCUGGAGGCAGAGAUGUUGGCACUGAAAAUGGCCGAGGAGUCAGAGAGGAGGGCAAAGGAGGCUGAUCAGCUCAAGCAGGACCUGCAGGAGGCUCGCGAGUCGGAGCGCAGAGCGAAGCAGAAGCUCUUGGAGAUCACCAGCAAGUCUUCCUACACACAGUCCAUGAACUCAAGUACCACAGCACUGCCCACUGACCUGCCAAGCUUCAACCUCAUCAACGAGAGCCUCUCUUUCGACUUCAAGGAUACGGACAUGAAGAGGCUGUCCAUGGAGAUCGAGAAGGAGAAGGUGGAGUACAUGGAGAAGAGCAAGCACCUGCAGGAGCAGCUCAACGAGCUGAAGACAGAAAUUGAGGCACUGAAGCUCAAGGAGAGAGAGACAGCUCUGGAUAUUUUGCACAACGAGAACUCCAGCCGGGGCAACAGCAAGCACAACACUAUUAAAAAGCUCACCCUACAGAGCACCAAGUCCCGUGUGGCCUUCUUCGAGGAGCUCUAGGGAACACCUGCUCCGCACCGCUGCUGCUUCCCCAUGGCUCCCGCCCAGCCGGAGCCUGUCCCGGAGCCGGGG